AUGGAUUUCUCUUCUGAGGAGGAAGCAUGUGAAUUCUAUUCUAAAUAUGCUCGUAUCCGUGGAUUCUCUCCAAGGAAAGAUGAUGUAUACAAGGAUGAUGAUGGCAAGAUUAUCUCACGACAGGUGGUGUGCAAUAGGGCUGGACAAAGGCAUCAGAAGCAUAUGCAUAAUAGUGGCAGAAGAAAACAACCUAAGGCUAUUACUAGAGUGGGUUGCCUUGCUAGAAUUCGAUUUCGUUGUUUUUCUAGCAGUAAAAGGUGGAAAGUGGUUUUUUUUUGCGAUGAACACAAUCACCCAUUAACACCAUAUAAGCAUGUUCAUUUGAUUCCAAAAUUCCGGCAAUUGAGUGGAGGGGACAAAGCUCAAGCAGAAGGUAUGAACCUAUUUGGUGUGAGGACCCGCAAUAUUAUGGAGGUGAUGAUGGGCCAAAAAGGUGGGGCUGAGUCCGUAGGCUUUACCGGCAAGGACUUGGCCAACCACCUAGACAAGCAAAAAAGGAAAAGAGUCAAAGAUGGUGAUGCAGUUGCGGCACUGUCCUAUUUACAAGGAAAACUUGACAGUGACCCACUAUUUUUCUUCAAGUACAACAAAUCGGAACAAGGUAAUCUCCUUAACUUGCUAUGGUGUGAUGGAACCAGUAGAAUGGAUUAUAACGUGUUUGGAGAUGUGGUUGCCUUUGAUAGCACAUACAAGAAGAACAAGCAUCCUAAGGUGGCGGUUACAGAUGGAGAUCUAGCAAUGAAGGAAGCUAUUAGAGCUAACAUAAACCCUGACAAGUUUGGAGAGAAGUGGGAUAAACUGGUUGAGAAAUAUGGUAUAGCCAAUAAUCCAUGA